CAUCGCUCGCUUAUGUCGUUUCCAUUUUCUCUUUAUUUUCCUCUCGUCUUCUCCGAGUUUCUCCUUCCCACGCCUCCCCCGCUCCUCCUCCCCCAGUGUCAGGGACCUGCGCGCCUGAGUCUAUAAAAGGGGUGAGAGAGCCGCUCCAGGCAGAAUUGGCAGGACUGCCAGGCAGAAAACACCGUCUCGUGUACUCCCUCACACCAACUCCUGCACGUCUUCCACCGGAAACUUUUUGAGAACAAUUAAAGGAGUUAACGUAGCUGUGUGGUUAAUGUAAUUCAAACGAAGAUUUUAUUUGUCACAGACGUCAACCUUAAACGUUCAGCUGGUGUGAAACAAACUGUUUCUCACCAUCUAAAGAGCGAGCAUUAGUGAGGACAGUACUUCUGUUGCCCCGGGUGUACACCGAGGAUGUGUCGCGUGGCGGCUCUGGUGGUCGUGUUGUGGGCAGCAGUUCUCCACAACGGCCACGGCCUCCUUCACCUCACCCACUCUAAACAAGCGCCAGGAUGGACGUUCCUUCCCAACCCUUCGUCAGUAAAGGAGGAGAAGCAACUGCUGGAAGGAAGGGAGACCCAGCUGGCUGCUUCUGAUGUACCUCACUACCACACCUACCCACAACAACCCUGGCCGUACCGUGAGUGGGUGGGGGAACUGCAGGGCCUGGAACAGCAGCAGCAGAAGGAAGUGCCACAGGGGGACUUCCUUAUGGCCCCUCUCACUUACCAGGCCCAUAAAAGAGGCACUGUUGGGGGUCCUGUAGGAGGAGACAGCACAGACAGGAGUGACGAAAAGGAUACUAUCGAUGGAUCUUGGUCUUGGGAGGCGAGGCGACGGGCAGCCAAGCGUGGCAUUGGUCUCUUCUCCCUGGCGUUCGCUCUGGCUCAGAAGCCUACCAACGCCCCUAAGCCAAGGAGGCAUCCAAUAGAUAUAUCAGCCUACCCUCGACGAGCCCGUUUCUUUGUGGCCAGCAUGGGCUGAGCCCUUUCAUCGUCUUUGUGUAUGUAUAUUGUGUCAAGGACUCCUCCCUCCACUCCAAGGCAGUCACUCGUCCCUACCACACCGUCCGCCUUUUAAUUGAUAUCGACGCAUGUCCUACUUUAUCUUACUGGUACAGACUAAGUUACUCAUAGGACAAUACUUAUAUAGUUUGUUGGCAAGAGAUUGAUUGUAUAUAUUGUCUUAAGUUCAGUACAGUACUGUGCCAGACCUGUCAACUAGAAUAUGCUUUUAAGAAAUAUAAUUUUUGGCUUUAUGCUAAGCUUGUCUCACUCUCCCUUUAUCACUGACUCAUUCUAUUCCACCUUAGUCCUUCCUCCCCUUUUACCACCUUCAUUCUGUUUAUUGCAUUCAAGUUAUGUUAGUUUGCAAUCUACACGUUCUUUCAUUUAUCCUUUAAUUUCCAUACCUUCCCUCUUCCAAAAUUAAUGUAUUCUUGUAAGAAUUGUACAACCAUAACAAUAAUUUUCCAAAAAUUUCUAGAGGUGCCCAUAAACCCAAGAACUGUACUGUAGUUCUCAAUAUCAGGUGAGAACAGUUUUCUACACUAAGUGUUUUUCCCUCCAUUAAAUAUUUUCCUUUGAUAGUCUUUAUUAUACAUUAAUAGGGAGCUUUUUCUUCCAUAUUAGGUAUAAUUAUUUUAUUUUAUUUCUUAAUUAAUCCCCCAUACAGUAUUUUUUACCCAAUCUUCCCUACUUUCAGUAUUAUAUAUUGUCCUUCUCUUUCAAUAUCAUGUACAAACCUAUCCAUGUCAUAUACAUUACUGUACUUAAUCUUUCAAUAUACAGUACUGCAUGUGCUAAUUUAUUAUUUAUCUACAGUAAUGUAAUACCAAAAAGUACAGUAUACACACCCUUAUUACUCCAGUAUGCCUGGGAUACCUAUCAUUUCAAAUUUUAUUAAUAAUGAUAAUAUCUUAUUGAUAAAAAUAAGAGGCUUAUUUCAAAGAAGGUAAUAUAAAUUAUGUACUGUACUGUACAGUACUAUAUUGUACUGUAAAGAGAGGUACGUAACUGUUAUUAUAGUUUUUACCAUUAAGAGACAAGUAUUUCAAAACUGUAUCAUACUUUCAUCUACAAGACUAAUUUGUCACAGUACUGUACAUCAAUUGGCAGCACUCAUAUCAUACCAACUCAAAAAAAAAGUGGAGUAAAAAGUAAGACAGGAACAGCAGCAGAGGCUACAAAACUGUGGUACAGCAUUUUGAUAAAAGCUGGAUGUCUUGGACCCACAAUUAUUGAGCCACUGUAUAGUAGCAAUCAACUGACAGUCGAGUACAGUAGAUGCAAAUUUUAUGCCAAGCAUCACUCUCUGAUAGCACUGAUUCAUAUGUACAUUUUCAAAAGAUAGUUUAUUAUGUACUGUACAGGUAUCCCUUGUUGUACGGACAUUCGCUCUAGAAUAUUUUAUUCUUACAACUCUUUCUUACUAUACAAAAGCUAUUCUUGCUUAUAUGAAUGAUGGUCCCUUAAGAUCAUGUACUAAUUUUCUUUUAUUAAUUUUUAAUGUGUUAGUACUAAAUUACAGUAGAUGGGUAGGUUUUGUUGUGAACCUACUGUAUAUAUCUUUUUUAAUAAUACUGUACUGUAAUGGUGUUUCCUUAUAGUUAGGUACUGUACUAAAUUACAGUUGUUUUUUGUUGCUUGUGAACAAAUUUAAUAUUUUUUUGUACAGUUUUCUUGUUAUUGGGGAAUUGAACCCUAUUUUUUCCAUAUUUUACAUUACAGUAUUUGCUCUAAAAUACCCCUUGUACAGUACAGUACAGUACUGUAUUCACUUAACAAAUGGUUUUCAAGGAAACUAACCCAUUCAUAUAGCAAAGGAUACCAGUAUAUGAAAGUACAAGUAUGAAACACUACUUAGUUUGUAUUUUUGGAAGAGAUAAAUACGUACUAUACAGUAUUAUGUGAUUGGAAUUCUCAAACAUGUCAGAGGUUGUCCUCUACUUGCCACAGCUGACUCUGAGCACAAUAUUUACUCUAGUUUGCCUAUAAAUAAUAAAAAACCAAGGUAUUCUUCUGUACAACAUUUUAAAGUUAUUAUUCUAGUGAUGUUUAAAAAUAAUUUCAGUAGUGUGUGAAGAUAGUUGUGAAGAAGUCCCGUACAUUCCAAAUAGACAUUGUUAUAUUUUUUACCUUACCAUGUACUAACCCUUUUGGUGCGAUUCCCGCACUUGAAAUUUUUAUUCUGGCUACCACCAGAAGAACUACAUAAUUCUUAUGUUGAAAAAUGUAAGAUAAUGUACUGGGCUGAGAAUUAUACUGUGUCCAUUAGUAGGCAGGAAUAUAAACUACAGUACAGUACAGUACAGAACUUAUAUUUUAGCUUCCACAAGAAGACAUUACUGACUGUGAAAACAAUAACACACUGAUUGUUCAUUAUAAUCAUUGAAUGUAUGCUAUUCAAGUGACUUUACAAGUACAUUAUGCCCCUAAAUAAAUAAGCAUAUCCGUAACUUUGUACGUUAAUUACUGAUCCCUAUAUGCCACAGGCAGGUAAAUAUGGUAUAUACUGCACUCAAGAAAAAAUUAAUAAGGAGGCAGGAUGUGCCAAUACUAUACACUCUAAGUACAGUACAAAAGUAGCAUUACACACUGUGAGGAGA